AUAUUGUGAACGUUCUCCUGACGCUACUCUGGACGUCGCAUGCCAUCACCAUACCUGGAUUAUGCAGUCCUGCAUCCUACUGUGUGCUUAGUGCUUACGGUUUAUAUCGAAGCGAGCAAGACGCGAGACACGACACAAUCCUCCAGCGGCUGAAUAUCUUACCCACUCAUUAAUCGCGAGUGGUGGCAAAAAGUGUCCCAUGAGACUGCGUUGCUGCCUGGUGACGAAAGGAGAAGAGGCUCACCGCAUCUGUUGCCUUGGUGAAUUCAUUAACACGGUAGCAGGCAGCUAGCUAGCUAGCUAUAUUCAUAGUUCCCGACAUAUUAACGAACUUUACAUCGAAAAUUACGGAUGUCAUCUCUUGUUUGAAGUCGACAGGGCUUGAGAUGAAUCUUCACUAAAUACCGGGUCCGGUGACGGGACGAUAUAUUACGUCGGGAGAAGGAGAUGCACCUGAAAGGUGUAGGAAUGGAUUCCAUGUAAGGCUAAGCAACGAACGGGAGCUAGCAGGCUAGCUUCAUAGAAAUACAAUUGUAGACGAUGCGGCUGCCGCUUAACGUAGCUGCGCUGUUAGCUAACAUGAAUUGUUUGUUUCCUAUUAAGUCUGACGGCGUUUGAGAUAAAUAUAAUGAUUAUACUGCAUUCGACAGCCUGCUAGAAGGCCGACGCGACAAUGGAGUCUUUCCUGCAGAUAGCGCCCCAUUCCUUGGCUAUCGUUCUGUCUAGGGUCGGGGCUGGGGAGGCGGUAGGGGCGGCCAGGGUGUCAGAGAGCGAUGAGCUGCCGAGACACCACACCGGCUAUGAGAUUUUUGCCGAUUUCAAAGCAGAAAACACCCAGCAGCAUGUAUGGAACCAGCGGAUUACCGAGGCUGUAUCCGAGACCUUCUUUCUGGGAUGGAUAGACGAGCAUGUGUUGCUAAUACAAGGGAAGGAGGAUCACUUGGAGGUGCUGAGGGAGGGCUGGAUGCGGAGGUCUCUCAAUCCGCCUCGGGGAUUCACCAUCAAAUAUCUGGGUGAUGUGUCACCCAUCAGUAUGUCCCCCAUCAGCCAAUCACAGUUCAUCCCUUUGGGUGAGGUUUUGCUGUUGGCUAUCUCUGCUAUGAACUCCACCCAUAAACCUGUCACCCAGGAGGCCCUAACUGAACACCUGCAGACAUGUUUUCCAGGUGUUCCAACACCAACAGAGGAGGUUCUGCACCACACGCUAAGUAUGCUGGUCCGUGAGCGGAAAAUCUACCCGACGCACGACGGAUAUUUUAUUGUAACCCCUCAGACCUAUUUUAUCACUCCAAGCCUAAUCCGAACUAGCUCCAAGUGGUACCACUUAGAUGAGCGAUCUGCUGACCGACACCAACACCAGAACCAGCAGCAGCAGCAUCAGCAGACACAGUGCACCUCCCCCCUCUCUGGCACCAUCACCCCAUCUACCUCUGGGGGGGUGCGAGAUCGAGCACACCCAAAGUCCAGCCAAAACCACAGCGGAGGAGCUGGGGAUUCUUUUUACAACAACAGUUACCGUGGAGACGACCCCCCCAGCCACCAUACCACCCUGCAGCGCAGAUCACCGAAAGACCACAGAGAGGCUUAUUCGUCACCACACUCACCACAGACACCUCCUCAGCAGGCAGGUGGCAACACGGAAAAGAGCCGCAGCACCCUUGGGUUCCCUUUCAAGACGGACACGCUCACCAAGCACCGAGGAGGAGGGGUCGGAGGAGGAGGAGGAGGAGCUGGAGACGCAGAGAAACAAGGAGGAGGAAGUGGUGCAGGGAGUCGUAAGUUUGGGUUGAAGUUGUUUCGUCUCAGUUUUAAGAAGGAUAAGGCCAAGCAGCUCGCUACCUUCUCUGCACAGUUCCCCCCUGAGGAAUGGCCGCUCCGUGACGAGGAGGUGCCCAGCCAGCUGCCACGCCACGUAGAGAUGGAGAUCAUCCGCAGAAUCAACCCUGACCUUACUGUGGAGAACCUCGCUCGACACACAGCCGUUAUGAAGCGUCUUGAAGAAGAACGUGCUCAGAGGAGCAAAGCGUCGUCAGCCAAUCAGAGCUCCAGGAGCAGAAGAAGUGGGGGUAGGCAUAGAAAGCAAUCUCAGACCAAACUCAGCCGCUCUCAUAGCAAGACACGGGCAUCCCGAGGUGAGCCAAGCGACAGUUCCCACCUAGAGCUGGCUGACAGAGACUACAGAGGUUACUCAUCCUCGCUGGCUCGGUCCCCGAGAGAGAAAGCCCUGGCAAUGGAGCGACAACGGGCCCGCCUUCACCUGGCACACAGCAACCCCAACAUUCUCGACUCCUCCCACCUGCCCGUCACGCCAGAGUGGGAUGUAUCCGGAGAGCUUGCCAAGAGACGCACAGAAAUGCCUUUCCCUGAGCCGAGCCACGGUCCAUCAGCCCACCACUCAAAAGUCCAUCGCUCACACUCCCACACCCAGGAGAGGAAGUCUCGGAACGAACGCAGCGACAAGGCCAAGGAACGUUCCAGAUCUAUGGACAACUCUAAAGGACCGCUUGGAGCUGGCCUGAUUGGACCUCCUGAUUAUUAUGAUGAUCGAAGCCGUUACUACACUGAUGAUGGCACCCUGAGAGCCAAUCAGAGCUCCUCUCACUACUCUCGGGCCACCCCCCCCUCCACUAAGGUGCCUGGGGAUGCUCUUGGUUUGGAUGGUGGCAGGAACUUGGAGAACAGUAAGAGCAGGGACAGCCUACCGGUGUACUCACCCAAACCACUGGUUGCCUCCAUGCCUCCUGAUGACUACUUUCAGUGCUCUGGUUCUUCUGAGGCAAUUCUCACUGGGCCAAACCCACUGGGAACUCUGGGCAAAAACAGCCACGACGGAUUAAAACUAGGCAGCAUUGACAGGCAAACGACUGACAGGCAGAUAGAUAGGAAAACGUCCCAUCCACCGGAAAACAAGGAGGACUUGCCAAAGGUGGGACCUAAGGGUGGCAGCCUGCCUCCAAUACCUCUUUCUGUCCCUGACCCCCCACUUUCUAAUGGACGACCUCCCCAUAGUGCCUCCUCUGGUCAGGAGAAACGGAAGGAGAUCUUUAGUAAAGAUACACUCUUCAAACCUCCUCCUAGCCUUCCUUUGCCCGGCUAUAGUUCUUUGAGAAAACCCACAGCCCUAACCUCCUCUGCUCUGUCCUCAUCCUGUGAUGCUCUUGAUUGCCAGGAAGCCUUUGAUGCUCCCAAGCCCCUGGUGGCAACACCAUCUGCUCCCCUGCAGGGAGUUGAAUCCACAUCCAGUGCUGCUGAAGCCUCCUUUGACUACUACAACGUCUCUGAUGACGAUGAAGUGGAGGAAGGGGGCGCUAAAGGUAGAGGAGAGGACGAGAAGCCUGGAGGAAGUGUUUCUGGGAUGGGCGGAGGUGGAGCAGGGACCAUGCAGUGGCUGUUGGAGAGAGAAAAGGAGAGGGACCUACAGAGGAGGUUUGAAAGAACCCUCACAUUCCCUGGUGCUAAAGAGAACCUUUCUGAGCCCAGUCAGAACCAACAAUCAGCACACUCUGCUAGACUGGACAGCAUGGACUCCAGCUCUGUCACUGUUGACAGUGGAUUCAACUCACCACGAACAAGGGAAAGCUUAGCGUCUAACACCUCUUCAAUAGUGGAGAGUAACAGACGACAGAACCUGGCACUGAGCCCCGGCCACCUCAGCAUCAAUGCUGCAAACGGUCCUCCUUUCUCCUUUCGUGCCAUUCAGGAACCUGCCAGCACCCAACCAGAGAAACUCCAGAAGCCCAGCGCCUGCCUUGCAUCAAUCACCAGCGUCUAGGGUCACAACUACAGGCUUGGGAGAGCAAAUAGUCGACGGAAAAGGGCCAGGAAAUCCAACUCCCACUCCCAAGGACUGUUAAAUCCUUUGAUUGACAGACCAACUGAAUCAGCGGAGCUGCGAUUGGUCUGCUGUGGAACUGGACCUGUUCACACAAGCAUAUAGACACAGGCAGAAACAAACAGGAGUUUAGACCCCCAGGAAACCUCUUUCUCUCACAAACUACAAACAUGCACCACAAGCAAACACCAUCCCACUGGGCAGCCCCUGACCACGCCACUCUUCAGCUUCGAGUAAUGUUGUUUCAUUUUUUUGGGAUCUUUUGUGUGUGUGUGUGUGUGUGUGUGUGUGUGUGUGUGUGUGUGUGUGUGUGUGUGUGUGUGUGCGUGUGUGUGCGUGUGCGUGCGUGUGCGUGUGCGUGUGUGUUUAUAGGCGUUAUGUUUGUAUAAUCUAUAAUCUCAGGUUCUGUUAUUUCCACUACCACUCAGACUGCUCCAGAUCAGUGCUUCUCCUACUGGUGGUGUCAGCUGGUGUUCACUGAAGAGCUGCAGUUCUGCUGACUUUACUGUUACUGAUGGCACACACUCUCUCACUAAUUGUCUCUGGUAGUUAUUCUCUAACAUUUACCACUGACAGACACCCUUUAAGCCCUUCUAUCCCAGAAGUCCCUGUACGCAGCCGUCUCCAUUUCUUAAAGCUUACCACACAUGGCACAUUCAGUCUGCUCAGUACUUCAACUAAAAUCAAUUAUUUGUGUUUAAUUUCUGUUACAUAAAAUUUGGUAGAGUUGCAGUUGAUCAUUUUUAGAGCAGGUUUAAUAACAUUAGUGUUCACUGACUCAUUGUUGUAAAGCUGAUAUUUACUGUUCUGAUUAGGCAGGAGUAAAACUAGCAUUUUUUUCCAGAAGUUUUCCAGUCCUAUUCUGGUCUGGUGACAAAGAGGUUGACUUCUAAAUUCUCCCCAGCGUCUCUCAUCUGUACAGCCCAUGUUCUUCUGGGGCUUACAGUUUUUUUAAUCUGUUACUACCUAAUUUUCAGGAUGUUGUGGAACUUUUAAAUAAAAUAGCCUUGUGCUUGAGGGGUUUUAAGGCACAGAGCCACAGAAAAUUACGAUAAAUACCAGGAUGUAGCAGCUCCUGGGAGGUAGUUAGACAGUCAAACGAGUAACCUGUAACCUGAACUUUUUGUAGAUGACACCCUCUUGAAUGUGAGCUGUUUUUGUAUCUGUUGGAUGUUUUGAUGCUCACCUGAAGCCUUGUCAUUUUUAGCCCCUCAGCAGUGGUUAUAAAUGGACAGCCUGCAGCUCCAGGGAUAAGACUUUUGACGACAGACUGUUUUGAUUUUCUUCAGAGAUGGAAACUCUUUUUGUGUUCCCCCUGGUGUCCAUGUGGAUGCAACUGCAUUCAUCUCAUUUUGAUGUGAAAACAAUGUCUGCUGUUUCAGGCUCUGUGCCGGUGUUUACCGGGUACAUUUCUGUAGUCCACUAUCAGAAUAGGUUGGAUGUUUUCAAUUUCAAAUCAACAUAUAGAAAAAAGUUACAUUAAACAUAUUACAGGGGUGGAGUUAAGAUGCAAGGCAGUAUGUUCAGAAUAUUAAAAUUACGGAGCCCCUAAGGUGCCACGGAGGAAAAAUAAUAUAAAACGUGUGCACGUGAUAUUAAAACGUGUGCACGUUUUAAGAUAAAACGUGCACUCGAAAUAAAGUUAUUUACCACGUUUUGAUAUGUCCUUGUCCUCGGCCACUACGGCUUCCAGUAGCGACAUCAGAUGUUUUCAAACACACACGCAAUGGAGAGAAGAAGUGAGCUCGUUAACUUUUACUUCCACCUCGGAAUGUCAUAUGACAUCCUUGCUGCUCUUGCCACGAGAGAUGGAAUAAUCAUAAGUAGGAGAACUUUGCUGUCCAUGGUCCUGAAUAUUGUGUACUGACCUUUUUACCAGAGCUGUCCGUUACUGAUUAACCCCAUUAUUUAGUCAAACAAGCAAAUCAAGGUAAGAAUAACUUUGCACAACAGAGCACAGAGCUUAAAAUAAUGUUUUAGGUAUACUUUAUGUUGCGGGUUAAAUGAAAACAGCAUGUCGCUGGAAAUAACGUGAUGCCUAACUAAAAAAGUUACUGGGAAAAAUCCUAAAUAAUAUGCUCCUGGCAUGAGAGCCGUUAUAUAGGCUAUGCUCCACAGUUAUCACAAACUGAGUGAAAUUUGCAAUCAUUUUACGCAAGAGAGAGAGAGAGCGAGGGAGGGAGAAUGAGAAAUUGCGCUGAUUGAAAACACGGGUCUUGCUGGCGUAAAUUAGCACCGCUUAACUGCCUGUGGCAAUUAGCGCUGGUCUCUGUGGAUUAGGUGGUUUUGUGCUGAAUUUAUGAAUAUUCCCUAAUUUACAUGCAUGCAAAUUGGACCAGCGCAGCCAGGAGUGGCAUCGCAGUUUCCAUUCAUUUCAGCCUUUGCAUAUGCUUUGUGGAUUGCCUGCUGUUUUUUUCUCUCAUUUGAACAGGUUUAGCAGUGCAAUCCUUUUGAGGAUCUGGCCCAAUAUUCCUACUUCCCUUUUUGGUAACACUUAACACAUCUAUAGUGCGUUACGAGCUCAUUCGCACUCUCCACCUCUCAAAUUGGUGGUGUAUUUGUCACCUAACAGGAAGAGUGUACUCCAGCAGAGAGCACACCACCAAAGCCAGAGGAUUUCAAGAAUGUUUUAUUGUAUGGAAAUGAGUUAUGGAAAGGAAUGCAGGGAACCUGAAUGCGUGGAGCCGGAUGGAUACUGAGCGGGUUUGGGUCAGAGUCCUGGAGCUGGGGAUCGGUGGUCGUCGUAGGUUUGGGGGGACCAGAGUGCGACUGCUGAUGUUGGCGGAUCCUCGGCGGCCGGAGGUGGAUGCAGACGGAGGGCGGAAUGGAGCAGGAGCCGGAGAUACGGGGAAUGGAGGACGCUGACGAUCUGGGGGGCUGAGUUGGUAAUUGGCCAGUCGACAGCGGUCGGGAACUGAAGCAGGAGAUCUGGGAGUCAGCGGACACUGACGAUCCAGGGGGCCGUGUUGGUAGGUGGGCCAGUCGCCAGUAAACAUCUCUUAUUCCAGGCAGAGUCUGUUUAGAGCCUCGGGCCGAUCAGAGCCUGAAUGGCUGUAAGCUCCGAGGGCAGAGCCGAGCAGAUAAUCCAAAACAGGAGAAGGUAACCCAGGACUGGGUUUCAGGCAGGCUGGCUGGAAGCCAAAUUAUCUGUGGACACGGUUCCGGGCUGGAGAAGCAGGUGAGAACCCGGACGGCAGGAUUCUAAGCAGAGUAGAGAGAGAGAACGUUAGAAACGUUACAAAGCACCAGGUAACAUUGAGUUGGCUAGACGUGACUGACUGAGUGGUCGAGUACAACAAUCUGGCAGGGUGUGGAAGGUUCAGCCAGUCUUUAUUGCAGAGGAUGUAAUCAGUAAGAUGAGGCACAGCCGUCCGGGUGUCGUGGCAAAGCUGAUUACCUGAGUGGAGGCAGCUGAGGCCGUGCUCCACCCAGGUGCAGCGCUGGGGAGAGAGAGAGAGCAGAGGAGAGCAAAGAAGAGGGAGAAAAAGCGGGAGACAGAUAGGAUGGGGUUUUUGGGAUGCCAGACAGGGGUGAGGAGAGGGCUCUGACAGUAUUUAAACUGGGAAUUUUCCCAUGUCUCCCUCUGCCUGCUAAACAACUCUGCUGCCCUGCAUUGAAUUUUGCUGCGUGUUCUUCACCCCCACCGCCACCCCAGCAUCCACCUGCAAGCUCCGGGGGUGUUCAGAAUGUUUUGCUCAUCACUCCUCCUCGCCUUCAUGUAAACAUUUCUGCAGGGAGUGAUGAGACCAUUAUGGCUGAUUAUGAUGGGCAUUAUAAAUCACUAUGAAUGUGCCCUGGGAUUCCUUCGUCUGUUCCGUCUUCUUCCCCUCACCCCGGAACUCACGUCUGCUCGUCCUCCCUUCUCCGCUCCACAAACCCCUUGGUCUGCUCCGGAUUCCGCCUGCUCCGCCGCCCCAGUCACGUCCCGGCUAUCAGCUUUGUCAGCUCCGUUUCUGCCCUGUCUCCUGACCCCCUUGGACAUUAUGUGAGUUUUCUUUCCCCGUUUAGAGUUUAGUCUUUGUUUAGCUCCCCACCGCGGCCGUACGCCGUCGCUUUAGUUUCAGUUUAGAUCCCUGUUCAGUUCAUUCUUUGUGUCUCCUGUUUUAUUUUUUGGUUCUAUAAUCUAUUAAACUUUAUUAUUAAACCACCCACCUGCCUGUUGCCUGCUGCUUGGGUUCAAACCACCUGUUUCUUAACAGGUUUUCAUUUAACCCGCAACAUAAAGUAUACCUAUUCUGUUUUAAAACAUUAUUUUAAGCUCUGUGCUCUGUUUUCUGUUGUGCAAAGUUAUCCUUACUUUGAUUUGCUUGUUUGACUAAAUAAGGGGAUUAAUCAGUAACGGACAGCUCUGGUAAAAAGGUCAGUACACAAUAUUGAGGACCAUGGACAGCAAAGUUCUCCUACUUAGGAUUAUUCCAUCUCUUGUGGCAAGAGCAGCAAGAAUGUCAUUAUAUGACAUUCCGAGGUGGAAGUAAAAAUUAACGAGCUCACUUCUUCUCUCCAUUGCGUGUGUGUUUGUUUGAAAUAACUUUAUUUCGAGUGCACGUUUUAUCUUAAAACGUGCACACGUUUUAAUAUAAAACACGUUUUAAUAUAUAUUUAAUAUAAAACGUGCGCACGAGAUACUAAAACGUGCGCAUGAAUAAGUAUCUCGUGUGCACAUUUUAUAUAUUUUUUUCUCCGUGGCACCUUAGGGGCUCAGUAUAAAAUACCUUACACUGCAGAAAUGAAUUUAUAUAUGAAACACUACCAGUCAAAGGUCUGGACACAUCUUCUCAUUCAGUGUUUCUUUUAUUUAUUUUGUACAUUGUAGAUUAAUACUGAAGACAUCAAAACUAUAAAAUGAUACAAAUGUUGUAAACAAAAAGUGUUAAUCUUCAGUAUUAAUCUACAAUGUGGAAAAAAAUACAAAUAUAUAAAAAAUAUUGAAUGAGAAGUAGUGUGCAGACUUCACUGGUAGUGUGGAUGUAUAUGUUUAUUGAUAGUAAUAUUUAAUGAUGUGCAGAUUUUUUUUAGUGAGAGUCUUUACAUACACAUUGCUAAACUAGGACUUUCUUUGUGUUUAAUGACAUUUCAGAGUGAUGUUCAUGUAGAAAUUACAGAUGUUCUGCAGGUGACACCACGUCUCUUCCAUACAACCAACCUGCUUCUCUGUCCCUGAAGGAAGUAAAUGCAUUCAUACUGACUGCUGAGAUGAUGACAUUUCCAGUGUCAUUCACAGUAACAAACCCAUUAUUAAACUCUACCACAUUGCUUCCAAAAAACAUCAGUGUUUUUAUGAACAGUGUGGUGGAAGUACUGCGUGCAGAGACUACCACUGUUGUGACUAAACAUUUGUUCCUUAUAUCUGAAGAAAACAGGUGGACAGACAGAAAGGCAUAAAACAUAAAAUGUCAGCUAAACAACUCAGUUUUAGAAAUAAAGCACCUGCAUUUCACUAAAUGCCUGAAGCAGAAAAACUGAAAGCAAAUGAAUCACACAACAUUCAGUUUCAGAAAGCAUGAAGUGAAGUGACACAGCUGCAUUCAGUGGACAUGAGGGGUUACCGUUACACACCUGGAGAGUUUUAAAGACAAGCUGUUAAAAAUGAUUUGAUCAUCUGAGAAAUUUCUACCAGCAAAAAUAAUUGGCCAUUUUCAGUCAGAACGUAUACAUCUUAAUGUAAGACAAAGUGAGGUUCUGUCAAUCAGUCCAUCCAGGAAUUUGUGAUGUUGCGAUUGCACGAAUUCACGCGAAAUCAUCCAAUCUCAGCGAAUUUUGCACGGCCUUGCAAUUUUGUCCAAUCACCGCAACUUUCCCGCAGUUUUGGCCCGCCUCCCGUGAGUUCAACCAAUCAUAGCAGCUCCCAGCGCAAACGUAAUACGUGUAUGUCACCGAAUUCACUUCCUUGUUUAUGGUUUGAAGAUGCAGACGUGUGCGAUACUAAUGUCCAGUGGUGGUUGGUGGUGAAAUUUGUUGGGUGGGCUAACAAAUGCAUAAUACCGAUUAAAUGGUUAACACAGCUGCAAAAGCAACAUCACCUAUGAUACACACAGUUACAUCAAUUACAGGUACACUAUACUUUUUUAGUGCUCUACAUCAACACUCUCUCUCACUCACUCACUCACUCUCUCUCUUUCUCACACACACACACACACACCACUACAAAACAUGUUCCAGCUGCAACGACUGCCCGCAGAUAGCCUGCUGCAACUGUCUUAUUACAACUGUUUGGCGACAUGUCGUGCAAAACACGCCUUCAGUACAACAGAUGACCUCAGCAAAAACAAGGUGUCACAGUCCUUUAACAGGUCAACAUGGGCCUAUCUUAUUUGAAAAGAAGCUCACAUCGACGGCCUUUCUGGGAUGCAAACAGGUUAAUCACCAUGUCAUUGAAGUCUGGUAAUUUUUGGAUGAAGUCCUUCUCGAUUGACAGCAUGGCAAGUGCGUUCAAUCUGUCCUGCCCCAUCGUACUUCGGAGAAACAAUUUAAUCCUCUUGAGCGUACUGAAACACCUCUCUGACUCUGCCGAUGUCAUCAGAGUUGUGAUGGCUAUUUGUGUUAAUUUCAGUGUCCCACCCGCAAAGUCAAGGCCGGUGGGCUGAGUGAAGUUAGCCCAAAUGAUCAGUAAAUCACGGGGGCGGGACAUGCCACCUGUCAAUCACUUACAAGAACGAAAUGAAUGAAAGCCACCGCUGUGUUAACUUGCUGCUAUUGGUCAAAAGUCAGUGGCCUGUGGGCUGAGUAAAGUUAACCCAAGUGAUCAGUAAAUCACGGCGGCGGGACAUGACACCUAUUAAUCACUUAUAAGAACGAAAUGAAUGAAAGCGGGCUGUAAAAAAGUAAGCCCAUUUAGAGAUAUUCUAUGUUUUUCUUUUGACUGAUUGGUGCUGUUGCUACCUUUGGUUUCACCUAAACUUAAAACAAUCUGUUGUAAGUUAUUUAAAAAAGAAUUUUCUCAUCUUUUUUGUGUUGGCCUGGGAGGGCUUAGCCCUGUUAGCCCAUAUAUACCAGCUGUCCCUGCUCAUGUCUCUCAUUUAACAACAAAAAUUACUGCUGAAGACCGUGGUAAACAAUUCACUGAUGUUCUUCACCAAAGCGGUGAAGUUUUACAACCGUGCAAUAGUGUGGUGGAAUACAAAAAAAUCAUCGAUUGAUAUACACUUUUUUUUUAACAUGAAACAUAUUAGAACGGCUGAAAUGAGUGGACAACAGACCAGACAAAUCACCAUGAUGGAAGCUGUUGCAUCCAGAUCCGUUAGAGCACUGAAAGAAUGAGGUAAAUUAGAUUAAUUAUUCCACCAAAGAACACGACGGAGUUAUGUGACGAUCAGUGUGUGUGAAUUCUUCCUCUGCUACCCACAUCACUCAAAAACCGACUCGGGGAUUGAAAAUUUAAGGGUCGGUCAGAAAUGACAUAAGGACCAAAUGAUUAGACUUCGACAGUGGUACGGCUUAAAGUUUGGAUCAACGGAUUUGUUAAGGAUUUCCCAUUGAGGUAGCGGCACGGGAUCUGAUAGCAGCACGGUAACCGUGGCAACAAGUGAACGCUACCUCAGCAGCCUGCUGACGAUCACAAUUGUUAUCCUACAACAAAUCUACCACAGUGGACGUAUCGGAAACGGCACAAGGAACGACUGAUUAAAUUGUGGGGGUGUUUCUGAGUCCCAUCAAUUCCUGUCGCCCCCUGCAUAGUUAGGUCACGUCAUAUUAAACCAGUAUCUGGCUGCUGCUAAUAUCCCACCAUGGUGCGCCAGCUUUUGUGGAAAUAGGUCGGAACGUUAAAUAAUUAAUUUCGGAAUAAAUAUUGUCAAUUACAGCAUUGAAACAUGUUCUACAAGCUGGAAAAAAUGCAGCUUUUUAGCAAUUGUCACUGUCUCCCGCAAUUUUAUCACAACAAAUAAGCUUAAAACAUCACAACUUUUAUCGCAAUUUUUUAGAAAAGCUGCCGCGAAUUCAGGCAUUUUCAGCCGCAACAAUCAUGAAAAACGCCCGCGAAAUCCUUUUUUUCUUUAAACUGUUUGAGGUGUAUACUCCUGGUGCUAAGACGUGUUCGGGUCAGUAAAGGCUAUGAUAAUAAUCGUAGUACAAACAGUCAUGACAUUUUUUGGAUAUAGUAUAAAACUGCUGCUUAGAUGUGUGUUGUAGGUUCAAUCUGCGUACUUUUGGCCAUGAUCAUUUAUUCCCCUUCAUCAGGGAACAGUACAGGGAUUACACAGUGACUGAACAGAUGGACAAAUUAAUACCUAUGGAACAGUGAAACGUGAAAAAAGCCUGCAUUUGAAGUGCGUUGGUCUCAUAGAAGUUACUCUUGAAGUGAGUUGGGUAUCUCCAAAGUUCUGCAGCCCUGUAGGUCAAGGAUUUCCUCUUUUCCCUCCUCUCCUAGUGACUGAUCCCUGUAUUGUUAUCCUCUAUACUAUUACCAACUACCUCCACAGCAGCAAAAACACAGCCCCAUUCUCUGUUAUCCUGUGGUCAUCAGCCUCCUGCCUGUGAAUGUCUCACACGCACAUACAGAUACAACCAGUGCCCUCAAAAGUAUUUUAACAGUACACUCAGCCUUUAGAUGAUUUUUGCAUGUGAAAAAGGUCGACUAAAAGCUGGAGUCGAUUUCUGCUUGUGUCAUUGUCAUGUUUUGAUCUCAAAUUCAAAGGAGUUGGGUAGUAAAAGCAUCAGUUUAUCUCUACUGUUGAAACACAUUUAAAGGACGCCCUAAAUAACACACUGCAUAUGGAAGUGCUGGUAAACCUGCUGUUUCUGUUUCAUCACUAACAACAUUUUUUCAUGCACCUGCCCACCUAAUCAAUGGCAAUACACAUUUUCAGAAACUCUCCUUAAAGGCCUUGGCCACAGCUAGCAUUAGCAUGCAUCUACAUGGCUCUGAAUACUGGCUGAAAUGAUUUCUAGAAGAUGCAGUGUGAUCUGAUUGCCUUGACCACAUCCAGAGGGAGUCUGGCUACAUACGGCCACGUUCUUGUAGCAAUGUGUCGCUGAAUGUUUCCUUGGAUCUCAUGUACUAAAGUGGGAGUAUAUACUCAUUUGCACACCAGCAGCAUCAUAUUAAAAUGUGACAAGUAAGACCAACAGUCCACAGAGAAUAUCUUUGGUGUUUUGGUUUGCCUGGAACACACCAAAGAAUAGACCUAUAUUGUUGUGAUUUCUUUUAAUUUCCAGCCGACUAAGCUUGCUAAAUGUACUGCUGCUUUCUGCCAUUUAAAAACGACACAUUUGGUCUUUGAAAACAAAAGUUCUUUCCAUAUGUCAGUAUUAAUUCUAAUGGAUCAUACAGGACACAUGCCAAUGCCAGGUGCGAACAGGACCAAAGACAUUCAUUGUGCCACACAAAACAGAAGUUGAGAGAGAAGUUUAGCUCUCAUUUCUACUUCCUGCCCAGCUGUAAUCAUGCCAGUUGUCAUGAUUGUUGAUUUGAAAAUUAUCAGGAAACGUCAAACAAUUCAAAAUGAGAUUUAGAGUCAGUCCUGUUUCUUAGGUUUUAGUCCCCAAAGGUGGUAGGAACUAAAAUCCAAAGGGAACGAAUACCCUUGGCAGACCUACUGAUAAACCAAAUUCACAUCUCUGUUCUCUGAGCAUACUAUUAUUGUAGCCUGUAGUCUACCACACCAACAGGCUUCAAAAACAGUUGUCAGUAUUCCAUGGGUAUAUUGUGGAUUCUUUCUGUAUCUGUAGAAAGAUCAUUGACUUUGUUCUAGCCCAGCAGUAGGAAGUAUUAAGUGCUGCAUCAUUACCCAACGGUUCUAAUCCCAGUUCCAGCUCUUCAGAAGGGUCUGUUGUGCCAUUUCUAGCCAUGUAUUUAGGCCAUAUCUCCAGUUUCCUGACAACAGAAAGACAUGCGUACAGGGAUAAGUUCAGAUUGUUUCUCAAGUUCUUGUCUGGUUUACCAUUGAGAGGGUGUCCUGUCCCCACAAAUAUAAUAGCUGUAGUUUCUAUUGUACCACUAAACCUGGGUUUAAAUUCUAGUCUAUAUAGUAGAGUUUAAUCUGUGGUUAUCUCUUCUACCACAGUUAAAGGAUUCUGGCUCCUGUGUCACAGUACAGUGAGAGUCUUCUCUCUUCUACCAGUAGAGCUGUGGUCUCUUGUCUGUUGGAAGUCAGGGGUCCCAUCACUCAUGUUUAAUGUUUGAUCUGCCCCCAACCCCAGGCCUCUAAGCUGUCUGGCCCAGUGGUUCUACAUCAACCCCUUGUCAACUCCAGCCACAAUCCUGUAACAGUACAUCCCUUUUCUACACUGACAGUCCAUGAAAUGUCUUCCCUUAACAUUGGCGGUGGUUUAUAAAAAUAGAGGUUCAACAAUAACAUUGUUUCUAAUGGUGACAGUAUGUCAUACCUGUAAAUGAUGUUUAUCUGUCAUGCCUAGUCAAAUAAUUUAAACAACAAAAAGAGGGAUUUUUUAAAAAUGUCUAUACUAUCUGAAAGUCCCUUUGAUGUGUCGUACUGGUGUUACUGUUGUUGUAGUGUAUGUGAUACCCAAUGGGGAUUGUGUUACUUUUUAAGAUAAUAAAAUAACAAUGUUUGGUUA